GUCAUUAACAUGCGGUGUAAUGAGCAAUAUAAUAUAUGAUCCGACUAAAGUACACAAGUUGCGUGUGUGUUUGCUCCAUUUUACUUUUAUUUAGUUCAAUUGUGCAGAAUGAGGCUCAACAUAUAAUUCCUUAUCAAGCUGCUCUUCUAGUAUUUUAUGAGCAAAAGUUACAACUUUGUGGAGGCUCAUUAAUAUCACCAAAGUUUAUACUGACAGCUGCCCAUUGCACCCACAGAGCCUCCAGAAUUCAAGUGGUGUUGGGGGCUUACAGAUAUAAGCAACUAGAGGAGACGCAGGUGGUGAUAACUUCUCGUAAAUGGUUUGAGCACCCAUUGUGGAACAUUGAUGAAGACUCGAAUGAUUUGUCCUUGAUACUUUUGCCAUACAAGAUCCAACUGAACCAAAAUAUAAAGACAAUAGGCUUGUCAAAGUCCUCCAACAAGUUGUUGGAAAGAGAAACUGUCUAUAGUGGUUGGAGCCAAAACAGCAAAACUUUUGGAGAAGAUUUGAUCACAGUCAAUGUAACAAUAGUUCCUAACUCAAUUUGUAAAAAAAUCUACAAAAAACCAAUCGAACAACAAAUAUGCACCAUAGGAGACAAUAAUCAUGGAUGCUACGGAUUUUCUGGAAGCCCUUUGGUGGUUGACGGUUACCAAGUGGGUGUCCUAUCUUAUGGUUCAGAGAGAUGUGAUGUAAACUUUCCCCUAGUACAUGUAGACAUCACCUAUUAUCACCAAUGGAUCAACUCAUUAAUUAAAAUGUGAUUUAUUUAUUUAUUAUAAUAUAAAACAGUGUAUAAAUAUAAGAAGUAGUAAACAUUAUUAAUUAUUUGGA